GAGGGACAGAGCGUGUGUUACCUAAGAUGGCCUGCUUCGUUCUAACUUACUAUGGCUUAUUUCAGAGGGAGUGCCUUUCCAUUCACAUUGGCCAAGCUGGCAUCCAGAUUGGGGAUGCUUGCUGGGAACUCUACUGCCUGGAACAUGGAAUCCAGCCAGACGGCGCUGUUCUCGAGAGUAAAAAGGAUCAGGUGGAGAAUGCUAAAGUGGAGCAUAUGGGCGCCUCUUGCAAUACCUUCUUCAGUGAGACCAGAGCCGGGAAGCACGUGCCCAGAGCCCUCUUCACGGACCUGGAGCCAACUGUUAUAGAUGGGAUCCGAGCCGGCCAGCAGCGCUCGCUCUUCCCCCCGGAGCAGCUCGUCAGCGGCAAGGAAGAUGCGGCAAACAACUACGCCCGAGGCCGCUACUCUGUCGGCGUGGGCAUCGUCGACCUCGUGCUGGAGAGGAUCCGAAAGCUGGCGGAGCACUGCAGUGGGCUUCAGGGAUUUUUGAUUUUCCGGAGCUUUGGAGGAGGGACUGGAUCGGGAUUUACAUCUCUCUUAAUGGAGAGGCUCGCGGCAGAAUAUAGCAGGAAGACGAAGCUGGAGUUCUCGGUCUAUCCGGCCCCCAGGAUCUCCACUGCUGUCGUAGAACCUUACAACUGCAUCCUCACCACCCACUCCACCCUGGAGCACUUGGACUGCACCUUCAUGAUGGACAACGAGGCCGUCCAUGACAUCUGCCACCACAAACUCGGUGCCGAACGCCCCUCUUAUGCCAACAUUAAUAGGCUGAUAGGUCAGGCGGUCUCUUCCAUUACUGCCUCCCUCCGGUUUGAAGGGCCCUUGAAUGUGGACCUGACUGAAUUCCAGACCAACCUCGUACCGUAUCCGAGAAUACAUUUCCCCGUGACAGCCUUUGCCCCCAUCGUCUCUGCCGACAGCGCCUACCACGAGGAGCUCUCCGUGUCCGACAUCACCGCUGCUUGCUUUGACUUCUCCAAUCAGCUGAUCAAGUGCGACCCUCGGCUAGGGAAGUACAUGGCCUGCUGCCUCCUCUACAGAGGGGACGUGGUCCCUAAAGAUGUGAAUGCAGCCAUUGCAGCCACGAAGCUGAGGAACUCUGUGCAGUUCGUAGACUGGUGUCCAACCGGUUUCAAGGUGGGCAUCAACAGCCAGCCACCCACGGUGACGCCAGGAGGGGACCUGGCCAAGGCCCGGCGGGCUGUGUGCAUGUUGAGCAACACCACGGCGGUCGUGGAGGCCUGGGCCCGCCUGGACCGCAAGUUCGACCUCAUGUACGCCAAGAGGGCGUUUUUACACUGGUACGUCGGAGAAGGCAUGGACGAAGGCGAGUUCUUAGAGGCCAGGAAAGACUUGGCAGCCCUGGAGAAGGAUUACGAAGAAGUGGGGCAAAGUCCCUGAGGCAAAUGUGGCCGGUGAGGAUGAAGACUCCAUCAAAGCCCGUGCUUUCUUUUCAGGACACUAUUUACGCCUCGCGGUUAGAUGUCCCCAUUAGAAGAAACUGGAAACCGAAUCAAGCAAGACCCUGAGUUCCACACUAGAUGAGAUGGCUCGGUACCAACAAUGAGCUCAGAUUUCCUUGUCUGUAGUGCAGUUCAGCACGGCUCCCUUGAACCUUUCAGGUUUGGGGUCCUUCGAGCUACUGGAUCACCUCUAUGUUUCUUUCCUUCUUUUUUUUUUUUUUUCUCAUAAUGGAAACCUAGCUCUAUUCUUGGAUUUUGCAACAAAAGACCAUGAACCCCUAAAGUCAGUGCUCUUGCUUUCCCUUUCCUGAGGUGUAAAACAGCACAUGUUAAUUAUUACUGUUAUUUCCCCCGUGCCUAUAUUUUGUACGUUGAUUAAAUAAUGAAUAUUUUCAGUAUCAUUCUUUUCUUUCUUCCAAAUGUGGGUCUUAACGUCACACAGUUUGCUGUUUAUACAAACAAACCAGUAGCAAGAAUAUUCUUGGGUCUUUGAAAUAUUUUUUUUUUAACGUUGAUUUAUUUUUGAAGGAG